ACUUUUCCCUCCCUGGUUUAAAAAUGUUUUGGCUCUCUUAGUUGGAAACAUUUCCAUGCAUUUAUUUGGAAAUAUUUAUGCACAAGUACAAAGAGGCUUGAAGCCCUCUGUACAGAUAUGCUGCCCUUCUGUGACUCUGUCAGACAUGCAGCCCCCACAAGCUGGGGUCAGCGGAGCAUGGCAGAGUCUCAACCUGCAGGUUUCUUCGCCGUAACGGAGAAAAUGAGAAGCUGCUAUGCAAAGUUUCUGCGCAUGAUGACUGCUGCCGAAAUAUGCCACCCACUUCCAUCUUCAGUUCUCUGAGCCUGACGCCCGGUUCUGACCCAGCCUCGGAUCUAUCAGCUGUUUGCUCAAAAGUUCGGCAGAGAUCCCAUGGCUCUUUUACGCAAAUACAUCUGGGUGAUAGUGAUACUGGGGAUGGUUUUUGUGUCGCUGGUGAUCAGCCUCAUCUUCGUCCUCAUCAAUAAGUGUAUUUCCAGAAAAGCAGGCAAACAUCGCAUUUUACAGCUUCAGGAAAGACCUGACUUCAAAAUCGAGAGCAACAAAUAUCAGCUGACACAAUCUGGCACAGACACACCUCCUCUUCCUCCUCGGACACAGUUUCUCAUAGCAGAGGCCCUAAGCUAUGAGAACCUGGCUGAGGAAUGUGAGCAUGACGACCAGAGUGACCACGACUACGAGGAGGCCCUGGACCAGAUGCUCGACUGCGUGAAGGUGCAGGAUAAUCUGCUCUACAAUCAUCCAAACACAAACUCUGGAGUUUCAGUCACCCAGAGCUACGAGAACCUGGCUGAGGAGAACGACUACGAGGAGAGCGUGGAUCCACUGCCGGACUAUGUCAAAGUGGAGGAUGAAACCGAGAUUCUUCCCCCUCCUCUCUGCGAUUUGGAUCCAAAUAUGAAUUGCAAUGGUUUUUUGGGUCAGAGCUACGAAAAUCUGGCCGAUGAGAAUGGCUACGAGGAGAGCGUGGAUCCACUGCCGGACUAUGUCAAAGUGGAGGAUGAAACCGAGAUUCUUCCCCCUCCUCUCUGCGAUUUGGAUCCAAAUAUGAAUUGCAAUGGUUCUUUGGGUCAGAGUUACGAAAAUCUGGCCGAUGAGAAUGAGUACGAGGAGAGCAUGGAGCAGCAGUUGGACUAUGCGAAGGUGGAGGAUGAGUUCACUCCUCAUCAGAACGACGAAGCGAGGGACAACGCCUCCACUGCGUCCACCGAGGACUAUGACGACAUCGGAGGAGAAGAUGAGGAAGACUAUGAUGAUAUUGGAUAAGAUCAAUAUUUAAAAAAAAGGACAAAGACUUUUUUCUCCAACCUUCCUGCUGAGCAGAGCUUUCACAGAUUUCUUUUGUUUCCCCGUCUUUAAUUAUUUUUCACAUGCUUUUAAAAGCAGAACAGCUGGAGAUAACGGUUUGCUUUUUGGACAUUCAGUUCUACUUUUUGAUUCCUACACAACUUAUUUACUGAUCAUUUCUAGAUUUGUUUAUAGCUGUUUUUCAACCUUUUCGAUUUAAAACCUUGUGAACUGUUUUUUUUUGUUUUUUAAAAAUAAAACGUGUAAUUUUAUGUUUGUAAAUUGUACAGCACCGCAUAAAUGUGAUUGUGUUUACAGUGGGCUAAUUUUUGUCUGCCACGAUUUGCGGUUGAAGAGGUGAGGAUGGAAGCCGAGGACCCAGGUGUGGUGCAAUAAUGAUGAUUUUUAAUAAAAGUCCAAACCAACAGAACAGAAUCCAGGCAGCACAGGUGAGCAGUAAGGCUAAGAGCUCAGACACUGGUAGCGACUGGUUACACAGGUGGAGACAAAGACAAAGACAAAGACCUGGCAGGGAGCAAGAGACACAGGCGGGUAUAAA